AUGUAUCGCGUCGCCCCAAAACCUUCUCCAAUCGAUUUAAACCAACUCUCAUUACAUACAAAUUACGACCCACAUGCCAGGGAAGCAAACCGCUCAGGUUACAAGAUAUCAAUUGCGCCAAGGCAUACCGGCAGGGAAGGACUACACACUCCUCCUGCCGACGAUAUGUCAAUGGCAUACUCCCUCUCUCAAUUUGAUGAGCAACAACUAUGGCCAAAGUAUCAAGCACAAGUAGCUAAUGUAUCACACAAGGCUCCUGCUUAUGGUGAUCCAUCUGGAUUCAAGCGAUCAUAUGCUACUCUUAGUCUCCCGCCACUAGAAACAGGCACUAAUCUACCCCGAGAAAUCACCCAAAGCCAGACUCUAGUGCCUCAAACUCACCCAAUUCCGUCAAACGUUUCUCGACGCAAAGGCAAUGGAAAUGAGCAAACACAAGCAAAUUUAAUUAUACCGAUUUCGAUAAGUCCUGAGGGCGGGAAUCUUGCAGAUUUUGCAGCACAGAUAACCUGCCUGUUCUGGUUUGAAUCAAUUGAAAUCCUCAACGAAGCUGAAUGCAUGACUCCCAGUUUAUCGAUACAGGCCUUCCGUCCAGAGGCUUUACCGACAAAUAGCUUCAGAAAAUGGGUAGCUACAAUUCUCUCAACCACCCAGGUGACGGAUAAAGUCAUAGUACUUGCUUUACUAUUUAUUUAUCGCCUCAAAACCUACAACCCUACUGUGAAAGGAAGGAGUGGAAGCGAAUACAGGCUGUUAACCGUAGCGUUAAUGUUGGGUAACAAAUUCCUCGACGAUAAUACGUACACCAACAACACAUGGGCCGAAGUGUCUGGAAUUUCUGUGCAGGAAAUACAUGUAAUGGAGGUCGAAUUUUUGAGCAACAUGAGAUAUAGCCUUCUUGCUUCCAAGGAACAAUGGGAUGAAUGGCAUCAAAAGCUGCGGAGGUUUAAACACUAUUGUGAUGAGUCCAACAGAGUACCUUUAAUGCAAUACUCUCUACCGCCCAUGCCCUCGCCGCCUGAGUCAACUCGAGCCCUAACGCCACCUACUCAUCAGAUGCAGCUACACAUGUCCACGCCAGGAAUUCAGUGGUCCGCUCCUAUUGGCCUGACUCCUUCUGCCUUUAAUUCUGUACAAGGAUUCCCCCGAAAAAGAAGUAUUGAGUAUGCAUCCGACGAGCCGCCAUGCAAAAAGAUAUCUCGCUCUAUCAAUCGCCCAAAUCUGGCCGAAACUCAGUCUUAUAUCCAACCUGACAUGUCAUGUCUGCCGGUGCCGAACUUGAUGGUGUCCAAAAAUAUCACAAUGAACUCAGCUAUGAAGCCUAUCACAUCACAAACCUUGGUUCUUCCACCACUCGGAUCCUUACCAUCCGCAAACAGCAGAACACCAUCAAGUAUGUACGUCGCAAAUCCAACAACACCAUCUUGGGCACCUCCCUCAUCAUUUAACAAUCCCGGUGUUCCAUUCACAUCACAACAUAACUACUCCACACCAUCUCGUCAUGCCAGUCCUCACUGUGCAACAGCACUCCAGGAUCUACGCUCCUAUAAUACUUCACCAAACAAUUCAAAAUUUUCUACUCAUCCAGGGCACAUCUCACCAUCAAUUUUCCUCCAGCAGCGCUCAAGUCCCUACAAACCCAUCCGCAACGUUCAAACUCUCCUUUAUCCGCCAUCAUUUGGCUCAUCUCAAGAAAACUUUGUCUGCGCCGAAGAAAUGAGGUAUAGACCUCUCGGAAAGAAAAAUGAAAAUAUUCGCUCGGGAGUUGUUCCGCAUUGGCCCGUUCAGAUUCAGUCACAAUUUCGUUGA